AUGUGCCAACGACUUUUUAGAUGCUUUGGUCUUUUUUCUGAUUCUCAUUUAGAUAAAAAACCCUAUACCUAAAUAAAUUACAAGAGUGACUUCUAAGAAAUAAUAGAAACUCGUUUAAUAGAAGUUAAAGGAUGCUUAAGCAUAUUGAAAUAUUAUGCUAAAAUAGGAUUUCAAGCCUUUUUAUACCUUUCUAGUGUUCUAGAACUUAUCUUUACAUUAAUUUAUUGCUCAUAUAAUAACAUUACUGAUGAAACUGUAUACUAUGAAAUCUGUUAUAAUUUAUCAAUAAUUUUAUGUGUUUCAAUUCAUAGUGGAGUUUGGAUGUAUACUUAUCAUUUCAAAAAAGCUGUUGAACAUAGUAUAUUUGUUGAAAUAACUAAUUAUAUAUAUUAUAUGCUUUUUGGAAUAUUAAGUUAUUUUAAAUUAGCUCCAUUUAUUAUUUAUUACAACAGAGAUUAAUCUAUUAAGUAGUUUUCAUUCAGUUAAAUUAAUAAAUACUAAAAAUUGAGUUAUGAAGAUAAAUAAAGAAAUCCAUGUAGGCUUUUUAAAGAUAGAAAAAAAACUAUCAAUAUCUUUAGGGAUUUCAUAUUCCACAGAGUUGCUCUCCUCUCUAUGAUAAUAAUGAUUACUUUUUAAACAAUUCCUUAACUAGUUAUAUAAGGCUUAUUUAAUUAAUUAAAAGGAUCAUGGGAUGGAUUUAAUAUUAUUUGUUAUGGAUUAUUAGGAAUUAAUUUUAUUAAUUUCUUUUUUGAAUUUUAAUUUAUCUUAUACUCCACAUCUAAUAGUUAAUUGCAAACAAAUAUAAAUUAUACAUUUACAUUAGAAGAUAUCGAAUUAAAAUUCAUUUAAGAAACAAAAUAAUUAAUAUAAUCUAAUUUUAAAUAUUUGGCAUUUGUUAAAUCAUGUUAUUUUCAUAUUAAUCCAAGUAAAUUCAGCCCUUAUCAAAAGAAAAGAUCUAUGUUUUAAAUAAUAGGUUUCUUGUUAAAGUAAAAGCAAUAUUAAAACAUUUAAUUUCAUUUUAUUGAUAAAUAUGAAUAAGAUACUUUGCAGUAUUUAGCUAAUUGUUUUAAAUUCAUUAAUGUAGACAAAAUAUGUCUUUUAUAUCAUGAAGAAAAAAAUUUAAUACUUUUGAAGGGUAUUUUUAAAAGUAUCCCAAAUCUAAAAUUUUACCCUUAAGCCUUACAAUAUUUUGAUUAUUUAUGGUUGGUUAAAGAUGCUUAUGAAGAAUAGAACAAUAAAUAAGAAAUACAAUUUAUUGGAAAUCCAAAAAUAACUGUAGGUUGGUAAGAAGAAUAAAAAUCUUAAUUUAUUAAAAAUGAGUAUAUAACAAUUUCUAAAGAAUUUUAAGAGCUGAUUUCCAACUUCAAAAAACGAAGGCAAAGUGACUUAAACAAAAUUUUUAAUUAAGCAAAUGAUAAAAUAAAUGCUUAUGAUAAAACUGAUUUUUUUCUAGAAUCAGUUGGGGAUAAUUACUGUCUAUAUAAAUUGUACAGGUUUUACCAUUAUUAAUGGAAAAAAUUGUAUUGUUAUUAAAACUAUAUAAAAACUGCUUGGGACUUUAUACUAUACGUUUUAUCUUUUGUCUAUGUCAGUGUUUAUGAUAAUACUUUUACAAAGGCAAUAUUAUUCUUGGCUAUUAUGAAUGCUAUCUAUUAGAUUUUGUCAUAUACAAUAUUUUAACAGCAGGUAUUUAAAGCUUUUUCAAUUUAAACAUAAUUGAGUCAUGUUUUAAUUUUUACUUUAAGUGCCUGUGUAUAAACAUGGGAAGUGUUUGAAAGAAUUUUAAAAAAAGAUUUGAAACAUUUUGCUGGAGUUAAUAGAUAUUUUGGUUCUUAAACAUGUAAUAAGUUCAAGUAUUAUGCUUCAAAACUUAAAGGGAAUGUAGCUAAUUAAAUAUUUAAUUUUGAAGACUAAUUUUAAAUAAAAGAUGACUUAAAAAUUUCACCAUAAUUUGAAGCUAUAAUGUGGAGAAUAAAUACUGAAGAUGUUUACAAUAAAAUAGCUUAGAUCUUUCUAUAUAUUUUAUCAUUAUAAUAUGACCAUCUUGAUUCACUUUGGGCCUUUGCUUUCAUCAGACUACUGUUAGACACUAUUGAGAGAUUAAUAGAUUUUUUAGAAGUUAUUAUUUUAGAUUAUUUGAUUCCAGCUUUAAUUUUGAGCAAAGUUUCAGUCGAUUAAUUUUACUCAUCUAUGUUUUAUUUAAAUACAAUAUCAAAGUAAAUAAUAUUGGAACAUCCUAAAUCUUUUUCAAUUAUUUCAAAAGUAGAGUUAUAUCAUUCCCAAGUACACAAUUGCAAAAUUAAUUUGAAAACAUUAAAUUACUCACAGUACUAUGGUUUAAAAAAAAUGAAGAUGUUAGCUUAUUUUCNUAUCCCAAAUCUAAAAUUUUACCCUUAAGCCUUACAAUAUUUUGAUUAUUUAUGGUUGGUUAAAGAUGCUUAUGAAGAAUAGAACAAUAAAUAAGAAAUACAAUUUAUUGGAAAUCCAAAAAUAACUGUAGGUUGGUAAGAAGAAUAAAAAUCUUAAUUUAUUAAAAAUGAGUAUAUAACAAUUUCUAAAGAAUUUUAAGAGCUGAUUUCCAACUUCAAAAAACGAAGGCAAAGUGACUUAAACAAAAUUUUUAAUUAAGCAAAUGAUAAAAUAAAUGCUUAUGAUAAAACUGAUUUUUUUCUAGAAUCAGUUGGCGAUAAUUACUGUCUAUAUAAAUUGUACAGGUUUUACCAUUAUAAAUGGAAAAAAUUGUAUUGUUAUUAAAACUAUAUAACAACUGCUUGGGACUUUAUACUAUACGUUUUAUCUUUUGUCUAUGUCAGUGUUUAUGAUAAUACUUUUACAAAGGCAAUAUUAUUAUUAGCUAUUAUGAAUGCUAUCUAUUAGAUUUUGUCAUAUACAAUAUUUUAACAGCAGGUAUUUAAAGCUUUUUCAAUUUAAACAUAAUUGAGUCUUGUUUUAAUUUUUACUUUAAGUGCCUGUGUAUAAACAUGGGAAGUGUUUGAAAGAAUUUUAAAAAAAGAUUUGAAACAUUUUGCUGGAGUUAAUAGAUAUUUUGGUUCUUAAACAUGUAAUAAGUUCAAGUAUUAUGCUUCAAAACUUAAAGGGAAUGUAGCUAAUUAAAUAUUUAAUUUUGAAGACUAAUUUUAAAUAAAAGAUGACUUAAAAAUUUCACCAUAAUUUGAAGCUAUAAUGUGGAGAAUAAAUACUGAAGAUGUUUACAAUAAAAUAGCUUAGAUCUUUCUAUAUAUUUUAUCAUUAUAAUAUGACCAUCUUGAUUCACUUUGGGCCUUUGCUUUCAUCAGACUACUGUUAGACACUAUUGAGAGAUUAAUAGAUUUUUUAGAAGUUAUUAUUUUAGAUUAUUUGAUUCCAGCUUUAAUUUUGAGCAAAGUUUCAGUCGAUUAAUUUUACUCAUCUAUGUUUUAUUUAAAUACAAUAUCAAAGUAAAUAAUAUUGGAACAUCCUAAAUCUUUUUCAAUUAUUUCAAAAGUAGAGUUAUAUCAUUCCCAAGUACACAAUUGCAAAAUUAAUUUGAAAACAUUAAAUUACUCACAGUACUAUGGUUUAAAAAAAAUGAAGAUGUUAGCUUAUUUUCAAAAAGGACUUCUUAUUAUAAAAAGUAUUUUAGAAAUUGAUUAGGCAUAAAGAUUGUUUUGUAUGGGAAGCGAAUUAGAUGAUUUAAUAAGUUGUUUAAAAGUGAGUCAAAUCUAUCAAUUAAAAUUGAAUUAUUAUUUAGAUGAAGUAAAUCCAAUCCAUAUUCCUCAUAUUAAUUUAAUUAUUAAAAAUAGCCCAAAAGAAUUAAAGUUUUUGCAACUCUAAGUAGAAGCUACAAAUGAACAUUAAAUGGAAUUUUGCGUUAAAAGAAAGAAAACUCUAAUUGCUUUCUCAUACUCAUAUUUCUAAAUAAUACAAUAGUAUAGAAAUAAUGAUGCUUAGGUAGAAAUCGAGAUAAAUUUAAAUAUAAAUGAGAAUUUUUUAAAGUUAGAUAGAUAUAAUUUUGAGGAAUUUUAUUUUGAAGUUUCUGGUAAUCUUAUUCUUAAUAAUUGUGAAUAAUUAUUUGCAAAAUUCACUAAUUUGAAACUUUUCAAGACAACUAUUAUUAAUAAAGGGACUAUUUAGAUUUUUUAAUUUUCUAAUAAUUUAAGAAGUCAGUAAUUGGAAACUCUUGAUAUUACAUUUGAAAAUAUCAAAUUAGAUUUUUAAGAAUAUAAUUUUAAAAAUCUGCUUAGAAUAAAAAUGAUUUUAAUAAAUUGUGAAUUUAAUAACGAUGAAUUGAGGGAAAAAUUAGAAACUCUCAAUGAAUAAACAACUGAAAUUUAUAUAGAUAUGUCUUAAUGUUUGUUGAGCUUUACAAGAGAUUAAUAGAGAGAUCUAAUUAAAAAAUUAGAAUAAUAAGGGACAGCUGUUGUCAUUAAAAUUUGA